AAGUGUUCGGGUCAUCCACCGUCGAUGAGGAUCCGAUACUCGCAGACUCCAUGAAAAGCUCUCCAAUUCUCGCCCCCAAAACCCUAAACCCUGAUUUACCAUGAACCAUCUUCCAAAAUGUCUUUACCCAGUUCUUUUCCGCCACUUUUCUUCACUACCCAGAACCGCGAUCCUCACAAAUAUCCCAGUCAAGUACAGGCCGCAAGCCAUCAAACAGGCUCAACAAGCCCUCACCGACUACUUUCACUCCACUAGGUCGAUGCCCUACAUCUGCGCCGAGCACAUUGCCAAGAACUCAAUCUUCUCCCUUUCCAAUCUCAUUGGUAAGAUUGAUUAUUCAGCCACAAAUUUCACAAGGUCCAUCUCCAGAUUACUCAGGUACCAUCCGCUUAACGAAUUUGAGUUCUUCUUUGAAAGUAUUGGGAUAGACCAUAAGGAUGUUUCUGUGUUUUUGCCCUCGAACAAGUUUUUCUUUUCCGAGGAUGGGAGUGUUCUAGAUGCGGCUGGUGAGCUAUCUGGAUUUGGGUUUCCGUGGAACAAGUUGGGCAAGUUGUAUAAGCAAGAAGUUUCAAUUUUUAGUAAAAGUUCUGGGGAGUUGAGAUCUAGGCUUUAUAGGUUUAAGGAUUUUGGUUUUAGUAAUGCUGCUGUGGUUGGUAUUUGCUUAGCUUUUCCUCAUGUGCUGUGCGGGAACAAUGAAUUGGGUGGUGAGGUUCGUUCCUUGUUUGAUGAAUUGAAAAGGGUUUUUGUAGAUUCUGAUGUAGGGAGUUCUAUUGAGGAAAAUGUGGAUACUUGUUAUAAUAUCUGUAGGAAAAUUCGAAUGUUUUGUGAUUGGGGUUGUGACAUGGGGAAGGUAGUGGAGCUGAUGGGUAGGACUAAGAAUGUUUUUCUUGAAUAUCCAGAUGAGGCUUUAGUCCACAAAGUAGAGUACUUUUGUAGAUUUUGUGUUAGGAAGGAAGAUGCUGCUUUGUUGAUUCUUCAAAGCCCAGAGAUUUUGAGUUAUGAUCUUGAAACACCUGUGAUUUCAGUUAUGGGACUACUGAAACAUUUUGGUUUGAAUGAGAAAGAAAGGAAUGUGGUUGCUCAAAAGUACCCCUAUGUGUUUGGCAGAAAUAAAAUGGUAAACUUGCCUCAUGUGGUUAGAGCAUUAAACUUGCAUGAAUGGUUCUAUGGUGUGAUUAAGAAUGGAAAUCAUCAGUUGCUAGGUGACUAUUCCCUGAGUAACCCUGAUGAAGACUUGGAUAAAGAAUUCAUUCAUGGAUUGGAGAGAAUCAAAUCCUCCAGAUGCCCUUUGCAUACAAUGAAUAAGUUGAGUUUCCUACACAAAAUUGGGUAUGGAGAGAAUGCUUUAACCAUGAAUGUGUUAGGUCGAUUGCAUGGCACUAGCAGCGAGUUGCAAGACCGAUUCAAUUGCCUUCUGCAUUGUGGGAUUAAAUUAUCAAAUCUGUGCUUGAUGCUAAAGACAACGCCAAAGAUUUUAAACCAAAGUCCAGAAACCAUAGAGCAGAAGGUAGAUUUUCUCCUUAAUGAAAUGGAAACUUCUCUGGACUACCUUGAUACAUUCCCGGGAUUUUUGUGUUUUGACUUGGAGAAACGAAUCAAGCCCAGGUACAGAUUCCACAAGUGGCUUACAGUAAAAGGGGUGUGUACCAAAAACUACUCCAUUGCAAGCAUAGUUGCAACCAGUGAGAAGAGUUACUUAGCUCGCCUGUAUGGAAUUCAUCCUGCAGCUCCGAAACAAUGGUUUGAGUUCUGGUAUAGGAAAUCCAGUAAUUCUUUCUAAGAGAUUGGUAGCUUUCCCACAUAGACCUUUCAUGAAGAUUUUACUCUGUAUUCAUUAACCAUAUAUUUUAUGUUUCAAUUCGAUGUGUAUUUUGCAAAUGGGUUUUCUUGUACUUUAAGAUGGGUUAUUGAAAAGGAUUAGAAUGCCCAAUUCAGAUAUCUGUCUUUGUUGUACAGCAAAAAAAUUAAUAUAAUAUAAUAUAAUAU